AUGAGGCUCACGGCGGAGCUCAUCAGGGACUCGCUUUCCUACCUGAACCCGCUCAAGGAGCGCGAGCUGGAUCUCCGAGCGGGACGCAUUCGCGUCGGGUCGUUAUUAGGACAUCGAAUUCCGGCGAUUGAAAACUUGGGUGUCGCGGGCCCUCACGACUCCAUCGACUUCACCGACAACGACAUCCAGAUCCUCGGCAACUUCCCGCUCUCCCCGCGCAUCUCGACGCUUCUGCUCGCGCGCAACCGCGUCUCGAGCAUACAGCCCACGCUGCCCAACGCGAUCCCGAACCUGCAGCAGCUGGUGCUCGCGUCCAACAAUGUGGCCGAGCUGGCGGACCUGGACGCGCUGGCGGGGUUCAAGAGGUUGACGCAUCUGGUCUUGGUCGAUAACCCGGUCACGAAGAAGGAGAACUACCGCUACUGGGUCGUCUGGCGGUGUCCGACGGUGCGGUUCCUCGAUUACCACAAGGUCAAGGAGGCGGAGCGGGAGAAGGCCAGGGAGUUGUUCGGCACAGCCGACGAGCCCACGGCCACGGCAUCAAAGAUCAUGGGCAUCAAGUCCAAGACGCUCGACGUCUCCGCGACCAACGGCGCCGCCGGCGCCCCGUCGAAGCUCUCGAGGAUAAAGCUCACGGAAAAGGAGAAGGAGAGGCUGAAGGAGAUGAUCAAGAAGGCCGACAGCCUGCAGGAGAUCAUCCGGCUGGAGAAGAUGCUCACCGAGGGCACCAUCCCCGCCGGCGUGCAUCUGGACGGGGACGCCACCAUGGAGGGCUGA